AUGCUCGUCAGCCCUGAGGCCAGCGGUUCUCAAACAAGCCUCCUGCACGCUAUUCCGUUUGUGGCAAGCAAUGCGAUCAGCUUGGAUACCGCGGGUGGCUGUGGUUGGUUGGGGCUUGCCAAAGUGCAGAUGGGGCCAAGCGCUAAGCCUUUUGGAGUAGGCGAUGCGGUCCUGUCCGUGGAGAUCGCCGUGGAUGGGGGCUGUGAGGCCCUUCUCCACCGGGACCAGAACACAUUCGCCCAAACGGCAGCGACCAAGAAAUGGCGCCGGCGAGCCGAGGACAAGGACAAAUCUAUUGUGAACAUCAUCACCCAGCUGCCAGGUCAAUCACUCUAUGAAGCCGCAUACAAUCGCCUUUGUUAUGACUUUGUGAUCCCAUGGCCGGGGUCUCUCAAGAGAUUGCCGAAGCUGAUGUCGACGACAGCCCCGAACUCCUGUUUAGUAUCGGUGGUGGCUGCGGUGGCCUAUGCAAAUUUCCACGGGCGAUGUAAGUCGCAUGAAGCUAAGGCCGCAAGCGGUAUACAUUAUGGACGGGCGCUGCAAAAGUUGGCGACGACGCUGAGCGAUCCUGCGGAUAUGCAGCGCGACGAGAUUCUGAUGGUCAUUUUUCUUCUAGGAAUGUAUGAGAUGCUCACCUCAGCGGCGCGCGACGGCACCUGGAUCACCCACAUGCAAGGUACCCAGUCGAUUCUGGCUCACCGAGAUAAUCGCAAUUUGACGGACGAGGACCAUUAUCUGGCCAUUCUAUGUGUGCAUAUGGUCAUAUACCACGUCACCGAGGCCAAAUCCCCUCCGCCACACCUGCAACAUUGGAUACAACAAAUUCCGUUUCCGAUGGAAUUCAAGAAGCAACUGGUCAUUAUUAUGUCCAGUGCUGCAGCAGUGUGUGCGAAACUGCGAGAGCAGUCAACUUUGAUCACCGCCGGCUACCCUAACGAGCUUGCCAAGGCAGAUCUCAUCCUCCUGGAAGAAGCCCUAGCUGUGGACUGCCAGCUCCAAUCGUGGAGUACCACAUUACCCUCAGCGUGGUCAGUUUUGUCCAAACACGCCAUCACGAUAGAGCACAGCCCAUCCUGGAUCCGGGAACUCCUCGCCUUUCCCGGAGCCCCGGAAUAUACAUACCGAUAUUCAAACCGUCUCGCAGCAAGCGACUGGAAUGCUUGUCGGACCACCCGCCUGCGACUUCAUCUUGAGAUCCUUGAUUUUUUAUCCCAGCGUCCGUGCUCGUCAGCGAAUCUAACGACAAUCAAGACCAACAGCCUCGAUGCAAUACGUACUCUGGUCACCGACAUCGCAUGGUCCGUGCCUUACGCACUGAACAUCUCGCCCGACGGCACAUCCGCCUUUGCGACUCCGGAAGGCAUUCCGGGGCUUUGUUCGUAUAUGAUCAUGUGGUCCACAUUUUCUACGUUAAUUUGUCUGCAACAUGAAUCGGUCCAAGGACAGGACUUUGCGCACAGAGCCAAGUGGUUCCGGACUGUCCUGAAGUUCUUGCGAGAUGAUAUGGGUAUCGCCAAGGUGGACGUCUUCUUGCAGGAGCUACCAGAGAUCUCUUAG